AUGGCGAACCCAGGGCCGCGCUCGCCGCAGCUGGUCCCCUCCAACUCCUCCAGCCCCAGCGUCUCGCACCGCCAGAGCUUCGCCGACAACCUGCGCGGAAUGCCCACUUCCCCGCGCGCCUCGCGCCAGCCCUCUCUGUCGCAACAGGCUCUGCAAGACCUGCUCAACAACCCGCCUGUCGGCAAGAACCACCAGAACUCUGCCUUCUCCGGCCGUGACUGGCGCUCCAUCAAGGUCGGCGAGAUCAUUGACCCGGACCUAGUCCGCUUCGUCGAGAUCGACACCAGCGUCGAGGAGGCCACAAACGUCUUGAUCUCCUCCGGCUCUCCCAACGUCGUCCUUCUCCGCGAAAGCAAGGAGUCCCACGCCGCCAUCGGCACCUUCGAUUACACCGACCUGAACGCCUAUCUCCUCCUGGUUGUUGGCCUUGCGCGUCCCGAGGCUUCGGAGAUACACUCCUUCAACGAGCUCGCUCAGAAGGGUCGAGAGGGCAAGCCGAUCCCGUUAAAGGAUGUCAAGGACCUUGGGAAAAAGGAACCCCUCAUCACUCUUCCCCACACCGCCAGCCUCACCAAGGCUGUCGAGGUUUUCGGCAGUGGCAUCCACAGGAUCAUCAUCGUCAAGGAACACUCCUCGGAUGUUAUCGGUAUUUUGACACAACUGCGGUUGACGGGAUUCUUCUGGCAGAACGGGCGCAGCUUCCCCUCGAUUGACAAUCUCUACCCAUCUUCCUUGAGAGAGCUCAAUCUCGGCUCUCAGCAAAUCAUUGCGAUCAACGGUGACAAGCCUGUUACGGAUGCACUCGAGCUCAUGCACAACGAGGGGAUCACCUCUCUGCCGGUUCUGGAUAAUUCAAACAACGUUAUCGGCAACAUAUCGCACGUCGAUGUUAGGUUACUUACCAAGACAACCGCUCUUCCUCUCCUCCGCUCGUCCUGCAUUCACUUCAUCUCUGUGAUUCUUUCAGAGCGCGGCAUGAAUGACGGGAAAGACUCCUUCCCAGUAUUCCAUGUUACUCCGCAAUCCACUCUCGCCCACACCGUGGCGAAGCUGGUUGCCACCAAGUCACACAGAAUGUGGAUAACUACGCCUCCUUCCCCGGCUUCGUCUGGGCCUCCGACACCUGCAGUCACACCCGCGCAACCAGCAUUCUCCCCGUCAUCCUCGGCGAUCCUUUCCCCUCCGCCAAGCGCUAAUUCCAACCAUAACCCCACUAUCAACAUACCCCCACCUAUCGAUACAAACCCCUCAUCCGGAAACCCCUCCGGUAACACACCGUGGUCGCCAUCCCCGCUCCAUUCUCUCCCGUCGCCAAUUUCUACACCGUCGAUCAGCGCCUCAGCCAUGCCUGGCGCCAGUCUGUCUGGGCAUCUCAAUGGAGUCGUCAGUCUGACGGAUAUUCUGAACUUGUUUGCCCGAGCAAGUGGACUUAGCCCGCACGACCCGAACGAGACCAGGCGUGCCAGGCGACGGAGUUCUAGUGUGAGUGUGAGAAGCAGCUUCGAUGGGAUAAGAGAUAUUGCGGGCAAGAGAUAG